AUGUCGGAUUCCGAGGGUGAAUUGGGUAUCUUUGAGGAACCUGAAGGAUUUUACGAGGCCGAAAAACAGCCCAGCUUCGUGGAAUACACCCUGCCAAGUGGUUUGAAAUUGAACCUGCGUCUGGUCGGGCAUAAUGCUUUGUGGGGCCAUUUCCUUUGGAAUGCCGGCCGUACGAUCGCUUCGCACUUCGAAUCGAACCCUCAACUUGUCAAGGCCAAAACGGUUCUGGAGCUAGGCGCUGGAGCUGGCCUUCCCUCUCUCAUCUCGGCACACCUCUCCGCCAAGCAGGUAGUUGUGACAGAUUACCCUGAUGCCGACCUCAUCGACAACCUGUCUCACAACAUCGACACUUGUGCUCCAUCGUUACCUAUUGUCGCAAAAGGAUAUCUUUGGGGCGCCGAUACCUCGACUCUAAUCGAAAAGGUGAAGCCGGAUGACGGUUUCGAUGUGUUAAUUUUGGCCGAUCUGUUGUUUAACCAUUCCGAGCAUGGAAAGCUUCUUCAAACAGUCCAGCAGUCUCUGAAGAAGGACGGUACUGCGCUAGUCUUCUUCACACCAUACAGACCAUGGCUGCUGGAAAAGGAUUUGGCUUUCUUCGAUCUGGCUAGAGAAAACGGAUUCAUUGUCGACAAGGUUUUGGAGAAGGUUAUGGACAAGGUUAUGUUCGAAGAAGAUCCUGGUGAUGAGCUGUUACGUAGGACUGUCUUUGGAUACGAGAUGAGAUGGGCAUAG